AUGCAGGCUGCACAGCGGUCCUGGGAGCUCGAAAAUGCGAUAACCGUCUUCGAUCCCACCAAGGAUGCUCUUUACAAAUACGAUGCAGAUAUCGAAAGAGCGCUCAACAAUGAACGGCCCUGGAUUUCCGACCCGUACUAUUUUAAGCACGUCCGCAUCUCCGCAGCAGCAUUAUUGAAGAUGGUGAUGCACGCUCGCUCUGGUGGCUCAUUGGAGAUUAUGGGUUUGAUGCAAGGCUACAUUCUUCCCAAUACUUUCGUGGUCACCGAUGCAUUCCGAUUGCCUGUCGAGGGUACCGAAACCCGAGUGAACGCACAGGACGAGGCCAAUGAAUACAUGGUGUCAUAUCUACAAUCCUGUCGAGACUCAGGGCGAAUGGAAAACGCCGUUGGAUGGUAUCACAGCCAUCCUGGAUAUGGGUGCUGGCUUUCCGGCAUCGAUGUCGCGACUCAACAGACACAACAGAUGACCGGGCCCUUCGUCGCCGUUGUGAUUGACCCUGACCGUACGAUCUCUGCCGGUCGUGUCGAAAUUGGCGCCUUCCGCACAUUCCCUUCCAACUUUACACCGCCAAAGGAGGCCAACGAGGACGAUGAACAUCAGACCAUCCCGCUUGGGAAGGCGGAGGACUUCGGUGCCCACGCCAAUCAGUACUACUCUCUCGAAGUCAGCCAUUACAAAAGUACCCUGGAUUCUCAAUUGCUGUCCUUACUCUGGAACAAAUACUGGGUUGCAACUCUUAGCCAGAGCCCACUUUUCGCCUCCCGUGAUUUCGGUGACAAGCAGAUUGUGGAUCUCAGCCAGAAGGUGCGCAAGGCCGCACGAACCAUGGAAACUCGUCACAAGGCUAUAGUCGCUCCCUCAGGCCAAAGGGAUCAUCAAUUGGAAAAGGUCGUCCGUGGUGGGCAGCAGAUUGUCUCGGAAGAGGUGAAGGGUCUCUUGGCAUCUGAGACUAAAAUGAAGUUAUUCCAUGGCAUUGGAGCCGAGCCCUCUGCGAAAGAAUAA